AUGGCGACCGCCGUGGCGUCGCAGCCGCGCCACCUCCCCCUCGGCGCUGGCGGAGAGCCCAGGUGCACGGCCAGCACAUCAAAGGUUCAUACUCUGGAGAAAGUAUAUGGUUUCAGAUUCGUAUGUAGAAGCAUUGUUGAUGUAAAGAGCUACAAAUUCCAUUCCUGCAUUUCAAAGAGGAAGUGCUACUUGAGGAACUCACCGUCGGAGUGUGAUAGGACCAUCCACAGUGCUAGAUGGUUGGAGUUUCGGAGACACAAGGGACUCUUCCAGAGAACUAGAAGGAUGGUUCACAUUAUUCCAUUGGCUUCUGACGAUGAUGGCAACCGUGUAUCUGUUAAUGGAGCUGCGCAAGUUGGUUCGACAAGCAACAUUGAUGAAAUAAGGUUGAAAUUGAAUAAAGCAUUGCAGAGUGAAGAUAUCAGCAAUGGACUCGUCCAGUCAGUACAUGAUGCUGCAAGAUCUAUUGAGUUGGCUUUCAUAGAGCACAACAAAUCGUCAAAGAGCUCGUGGUUUCCAAAGACAUGGCUGGGUGUUGAGAACAAUGCUUGGAUAAAAUCACUGUCUUACCAGGCUGCUGUAGACUCAUUGUUGCAAGCAGUUAUUGAUGUUUCAUCUCGUGGGAAUGGCAGAGAUAGGGAUAUUAAUGUGUUUGUUCAACGGAGUUUGUCCCGCUUGCUCACCCCCCUCGAGAGUGUUAUCAAGAAUGAAUUGUCUAAGAGGGAACCUACAUUUUAUGAAUGGUAUUCGUCCGAUCAAAAUCCUUUGGUGGUGAGACAAUUUGUAAACAUUUUUGAAAAUGAUGCAAUGUUUAACUCUGCUACAGCAAUAUGUCGUGAAGGCGAGCCAAUGAAUACUAGUGAAAGUGAUCUUUCUCUGCUUAUGCUGUUUGCCCCUCUAAGUAAAGCAUAUAACUUGACGAAAGAUAUUGGCCUUCAGAGAGAAUUUUUGUAUAAUUUUGGUCCUCGUGCUGCUGUUCCUAAACUUGGUAAUGAUCAUGGACUUGAGAUAUCAUUUUGGAUUGAACUGGUUCAGAAACAAUUACUCCGGGCACUUGAUCGUGAAAAGAUAUGGUCAAGACUGACAACAAGUGAAAGUAUUGAGGUUCUGGAAAAGGAUCUUGCAAUAUUUGGUUUUUUCAUUGCUUUGGGUAGAAGCACACAAGGAUAUUUGUCUUCCAAGGGUCUGACUGAUUUGGAUGAUUCACUGAAUGGUAUUGUAAGGUAUCUUAUCGGUGGGAGUGUACUAUAUUAUCCACAGCUGUCCUCGAUUAGUUCAUAUCAGCUGUAUGUGGAGGUAGUCUGUGAAGAGCUCGAGUGGCUUCCUUUUUACAAUGAUGAUGUUCCAAGUGCAAAAACUGAUACUGAAGGUAGAGAAGAAGUGUCUAAAGGAGAAGUCAUAUCAAGAGUCCUAAAUGUGUGCUCUUACUGGAUGGCUAGUUUUAUAAAGUACAGCUCAUGGCUUGAGAACCCUUCAAAUGUGAAGGCAGCAAAAUUCCUUUCUAAGGGACAUGCUAUGUUGAGUGACUGCAUGAAGGAGCUUGACAUAUCAAGAAAUAAUAUGUCAAAAGGCUGUGGCUUCCCAGAACCUGAAGAAGAAUUAGAUACUGGAACAGAGUUAGCUUCCUUUGACAAGUCACUUGAAAGUGUUGAAGAAGCUUUGGUUAAGUUAGAAAAUUUGCUCCAAGAAUUACACGUUUCCAGUUCGAACUCUGGUAAGGAGGAUCUACAGGCUGCAUGCUCUGAUCUUGAAAUGAUAAGAAGACUGAAGAAAGAAGCUGAGUUUCUUGAGGCAUCCUUUCGAGCAAAAGCAGAAUAUCUGGAGGCCGAUGCACCUGCAGAGGAAGGACGUGUAAAGACAGGUAGCAGGACGAACGAUACAUCAGCACCACAAAAAUCAGGAAGCAGGGUGGAUAAUAAACGCCGUCCAUUUUGGGACUUCUUUGGUCGGUCUUUGGGAAAGAAAGUUGAUCCAGCUCUUGCAGAUCAGGAUGGCACUGUCUCCAAUGUGGAGAAGAAAGAUGCGGAGUCAAAUGACAUCCUCCGCUUUGAACAGUUAAGGCGUGAGCUGAUUGAGUUAGAAAAGCGAGUGCAGAAGAGUGCAGAUGAAGCUCAAAAGGAGGAGGAGAUGGUUGUCGCAGACGAAACAACUGCGCCAUCGCCUGGUUCAUCAGUUCCUUCCGGUCAGGCUACCAAGAAAGAAAAUGUCAUAACUAAAUCAGUGGAGAAGGUCAAGGAGACUACAGCGACUGUGUUGCAGGGGACACAACUCUUAGCAAUUGAUACAGGAGCUGCUAUGGGUUUGCUAAAAAGAGCUCUUAUUGGGGAUGAACUAACUCAGAAGGAAAAGCAGGCUCUUCAAAGAACCCUGACGGAUUUGGCAUCUGUUGUUCCUAUAGGAAUACUCAUGCUUUUGCCACUCACCGCUGUUGGUCAUGCUGCUAUUUUGGCUUUCAUCCAGAGAUAUGUGCCAUCGAUGAUCCCGUCCACAUAUGCUCCCGAUAGGUUGGAUCUCCUUAGGCAGCUUGAGAAGGUGAAGGAAAUGGAAGUUGCUGAAGGCAGCAGUGAAGAUAUAUUGGAGGCCGUUGGUUCGAGAACUGAACAAGUGAAAUAA